GCUAUUGAAAGUGGAUCCAUGCAGGACGAGCACUUGAGCGAGCAAAGAAAAAGCGUAGUCGAGCGAAGAGUGCAGUCGAGUCCAAAGCCUCUCGUUGCUCCCCUGCCUUCGAUGCUCUCGAGCCGCUCCGCCCUCGGCUCCUGAUCUUCAACCUCAGCAGCAGCAACAAGAAGAAGAAGAAGAGCAGCGCUCCUUCCCGUCCGGAACAAUGCCUGAGAAAAUAACAGCCGAGGAUUUAUUCAACGAGAUUGUGGAAAAAAUCGCUGAAAAUGUUCCUAAGCAGAAGUCUGUUUCAUUCGUUGAGGGGGACAAGGCCGACGCAGUUACUUCUCAAUUUAAAAGGCUCUUUGGAUGCCAGAAGCCGAUUCACCGUCUAUUUGGGGGUGGAAAAUCUGCUGAUGUGUUACUGUGGAGGAACAAAAAGAUCUCAGCAGGUGUCUUAGCCGGUGCAACUGCUAUAUGGGUGCUUCUUGAGUGGCUUGACUACCACUUUCUGACGCUUGUCUGUUUCGCUCUCAUCCUUGGCAUGCUAGCUUUGUUUCUGUGGUCAAAUGUUUCUGGCUUACUGAGCAGCAGGUCAGCAUCCAAACCCCCUCGUCUUGUGGUGCCUAAUGAUGUCUUUGUUGACAUCGGGAAGUCUGUAGGAGCUGAGGUUAACCAAGCUUUGAAAUUCCUUCAGGAUGUUGCUCUGGGAGGAAACUUGAAGCAAUUCCUCAUGGUUGUGGGGAGCCUUUGGGCAGCAGCUAUAAUAGGGGGCUUGUGCAAUUUUAUAACAGUGUUGUACAUUGGUUUUGCUGCUGGUCACACAUUACCUGUUCUGUAUGAGCGAUAUGAAGAUCAAGUCAACAGCUUCGGUGACCAGGUCCUGGACCAGCUUCAGCAUCUCUAUCGUAAAUUGGCUCCUCCAGAGCUAAUAUCUGCCGUUGAAGGUAACCGUGAGAAACAAGGGGGAGCUCCAAGGAAGCUCACAGUGAAAUGGGCUUCUGAUGUAAUUUUUAAAGAAAAGCAGGAAAAGCCUCCCAAGAAAGAAGGGAUAGAUGGAAUGGAAGGCCAGAAGGGCAAAGAAACCACACGAGGAGGUGUUAAAGGUAGAGACUCCUCAUGACGGGGGUGGUGGUAGCAAGGAUAAGAAAAAGAAACAGAAUCAUAGAACCAGGAAAUCUGGUAAGUCAUAUAGUUUUGUGGAUGACGAUGGAUAAGAUAACUACUCGUACUGAUGAUGUCAAAUUUUUCAUGAAGCUGAGAUGAGAGUAUGGUUAGGUUAAUUAAUUGAGUUUAGUUUAAUUAAUUGUAAUUAGCCUAAUUAAUCGUGAUUAGUGUAAUUAAUGACGGAUUAGCCGUUAAUGAGAAUUUUAUGUCCGUUUUUCUGAAUGAGAUUGUGCUUAAUUUCGAUUGUUUGAGCAUGAUGCUAUGUUAUAUUGCCCAAUUAUAAAUUUUAUUUAAUAUCUUAAACAAAAAGGUUUAUGAGCAAGAAAAUAAAGAAUUUUGAGGUGUUGGGUUUGGACGUCGAAUUUUAUGUGCUAAAUAAAACAAUAGGGUUUUAAAAAGAAAGUGUGCAAAGUUUGACAGGUUGAUUUCAAACACGUGACCACAUACAAAUAUUUUACCGAAAUUUUUAAAUGUGAAAAAUUGCCAAAGUUAAUUAUUUGAAAAUGAACUCUUUUAUUCUAGGCUAAUUAAUGGCAAUAAGAAUUGUUUGAUUGUUGUUUGCUUGAAUGGUCAUUUAAUCGAACCUGUUACCCAAUGGGAGUUUGGGAGCGAUGCCAAAUUUUUAUCGGAUGCCUACCGGAGGUCUGAAUGUCAAGUCGCGGUUGAGGCCAUACCGAUGCUCCUUAUGGAAUACCAUCUAGGCAGAAGUUCUAGACGAUGCCAUGCUGCCCAGUCAUGCAGGAAGACUAUCAACUCUUGUGUUGGCCGUGGCCUAAUGGGUCGUAAUAAUUGGAACAUGUGUGUUGGCAAUAUGCUUAGAAUAUUUCAAAUGUGUUCUAAUUAUUAUUUAUGUAUGUUGCACUAAUAUUGCCAUGUGAGGUGUACUAAUAUGCAAAGGUAUGCCAAGGCGAGAUAAGAUUGUGUGCCGUUGCAUGUUUAGGUUGUCUCCGAGACAAAUUAGCUUCCUAAUUGAGGUUUAAGAAGUUGACUCGUUGAAA